GAUUCCCUCCAAAUUUAACUCCCCUUUUCCCUUCCGAGGUUCCUGCUGUACUCCGGAUCGCGUUUCGUUAGGAACAAUGCUUAAUCUCACUCUAAGAGAUUCUCGACCCUAGCACCCACAUUUCAGUAAUCAGAUCACUGACAACUAGGCGUAAAUUCAUGGACUGACCGGCUGAGCAAUCGGGGAAUGCGGCGGAAGUUGGCGCCACUGAGAUCGUUAAACGGUCGCUCAGAAGUGUUCGCCGUCAAGAACAGGAGGAGAAUGGAGUCGAUCCCGAGAAGGAACAAUUACGGUGAGGAUGUGGAGUUAUGCGGGAGUCGGAACAAGAAGAAAAGUAAGUCGAAGGGGAAGACGACGCCUCAGUCGAGAAGUUCGAAGAAGGCGAAGGAAAAGCGAGCCAUAAACUUGACGCCUAAGACAAUUGUUCAUUCUGAAGAGGCAACACCGACAAUUCCCGACAUGCGUCUGUAGGUAAAAAUGAUUAGAGAGGUCAGUUUAUAGCCUUUUGUUGCUCUCACAUAUUUAAGUUCCGCAUGUCAAUUAUGAACUUGUGUUCUAUCAGUUGCUGUUUGUGUUUUCAUGAUGUGCUACUCGUUGAGAUUUUAGUUUAUAUCUCGGUUUUGAAAUUUCCACCCUUGAAUUUGGAGUUUGUAUACGAAGUGAUUGUUGCAUUUAUCCUUGCCUUUUCUUUUCUUUAAUCGAGGGUGACAAUAUUGAUAAUACCAAGCAGGAUGAUGAACUAUCUCCACACUGGAAAAAUUGGACAUUCACUGACAGAAAAUAUUGUAAAUAAUGACCAUACAUUACAAAAAGCUUGUUCUUCAGUAUUCGAAGGCUUGUUAACUCUUUAAGUUUAGACGACCUUCCAUAUGUGUUGCCACCCUCCGAUUCUUCUCCGGGUGCAAAUGAGGAGCCCAUGGAUCAUGAUCCCACUGAGUAAGCACUCAUCACUAGCCCAGUAGGGUCAAACUCAAUAAUUGUACGAGUCCAUUGAGAAGUUUUUAGAAUGUUCUAGAAAGAUUUAGCUAUCUAGACAUUUUAGAAAUAGAUAUUUAGAUAUCUAGAUAUUUCAGGAAUAAAUUUAGAAGAUUUUAAAAAAUAAGAUAGAAGAUCACAAAUAUGCAAAAGAUAUGAUAGAAGAUCACAAAUGUGUGGUCUACAUUAUCUAGCAUCUACUAUAAAUACCCUCCACCUCCACCAAGUUUUCACCCCUAAGAUUUUCAUCCAAGAAAAGAAAAGUGUAGUAGUGUCGUAGAUAGUGUUUUGUAAUAUCUUCUUGAUUGAUCUUAAUAAAAAGUGUGAGUGUUUCCACAAAGAGUUGUGUUCUAUGGAUUGUUAUAUCAGAGCAAGGUUGGUAUAGGUUGUCUGAUCUUUUGAAAUUCUUAGUUUGCUCUGUAGUUGCAGCUCUGCUUAAUUUUCCACAUCUGACACAAUCUCUUGAGAUUAUUAGUGAGUGAGUUUCUUCGUGUCAUACGUGGUCUGCGAGUUAUGUGUCGAAAAAGCUUGUUUGGUAUUGCUGAGGCACGACUAACACGAUGAGUGAUCUCCAAGUCAUCGGAAGAAUCAAGAAACUCAACAACAACAACUAUAACACGUGGACAACAUGUAUGAUGUUCUAUCUACAAGGACAAGACCUUUGGAAAGUUGUUGGCGGAAGCGAAAUUACGCCCCCAGAGGAGGAUGCUAAUGGCACCUUAUGCAAUUGGAAAAUCAAAGCAAACAAAACAAUGCAUGCCUUGAAGACCACAACCAAAGAAGAAAUGUUGGAGCACAUUCGGGAUAACAAGAUGCCGAAAGAAGCAUGGGACACGUUUGUGACACAUUUUUUUUUUUUUUUUGAAAAAAGAAGAAUGAUACAAGGUUACAACUUCUAGAGAACAAGUAUUAUCAAUCUCACAAACGUUUAGCUACUUUCGAGUAUUUGGUUGAAUUUGCUACGUAUUUGUGCCUAGUCAUCUACCCAACAAGUUUGACAAGAAAGCAGUCAAGUAUAUAUUUGUUGGAUAUGACAACCAAAGAAAAGGAAGUGUUUGAUCCAACAAGUGGAAGAUGCUACACUUCCAGAGAUGUAGCUUUUGAUGAAGCAUUGAAGAAGAAAGUCUUACCAUUCUCGAACAACAUUGAAGAAAUUCUACAGUAGAAGACUGAAGCAAACUGCACACAUUUGGUCAAGUGUUGAUGCGCUUGAAUAUCCAAGUGACACUGAUGUUGGUUAGCAAGAAAUGCUCAACCAAGCAAACUCGGUGAAAAGGAAAUGACACCUCAACAACUUAGGCGAUCCUAAAGAAUCCAAAAGGAAAAUCGUAAGUAUGUCAAUGCAACUAUUAGAGAAGACAAAUGACCAAUAAAGUCCAAAAGUCAAAUCCUAAGUACGUCAACGCAACUAUUAUAGAAGACGGAUGACCAAUAUGGUACAAUGAAUGAGUGUUAGUGUUGAGGGAGGAUGUUAAAAGAUUAUCACUAGCCUAAUAAUGUCAAGCUCAAUAAUUUUACGAGUCUAUUAUCUAGAAGUUUCAAAUGUUCUAAAAAGAUUUAGAUAUCUAGAUACUUCAGAAAUAAAUCUAGACCAUAUAUAAAUACCCUUCCACUCCACCAAGUUUUUCAUCUAAGAAAAGAGAAUUGUAGUAGUAUCCUCUAAAGAGUGUCUUAUAAUCACUUGGUCUUAAUAAAAAGUAUGAGUGUUUCCCACAGAAGAGUUGGGGCCAACAUUAGCAAUGUGCUAACGUGGAUGCUGACAAGGAAAUAGUGCUCCAUCACCUCCCAAAAAGUGCAGAAAUGGUAUAUUUCAUCCUGCAUUCAAGUGUUACUUUCUUUCUUUCUCUACUUUUGAAAGUUGAACUGUUUCAACUUAAACUUCACAAGUUGUAACCUGCCGAUGUCUAUUUUUGAGCUUAUCAUCUACUUCUCGUGAUUUAUUAUCAGGAUGAUAACCUGAAUAAAACACUUGGGUUUAGUGAUUCUGCAGAAAGGCCAAUUCUUGAGCAUCAAAGUAGAUUUCUUCAGGACAGGUUAUUACUAAUUAUGAAUGAUUAAGUUCUUUGAUCUCUCUUCUUCUUCCUAGAGAACCAUGACUUUUAUUUACAUUUACCCCCUUCCUCUCAAACGCUGCCUGCCUUAAUUAUGAUAUUGAACUCUAACAGUUACGUAUUUCUAUUUUACACAACAAUAAACUUUCUUAAAAGAAAGUUUAAAGCUCUAUAACGUCGUUUAAAAUUUUACACGUUGUUCUGUGUUGUGGGUUGAAUUUUAGUAUAUUCCCCCAUCUUUUCCUGCCAUUUUCCUGCUUAAUUUUAUUGUGAACGUUUCUUUUUAACUACCGAGAGAAUUAAUUGAUAUGAGAGGUGGAAGAAGCAUGCUAUGCAGAGCUGUUGACCAUAAUUUGAAAAUGCUGCGAAGACUUAUGGCUUCAGUGUAUGAUACCUCCUGCAAAUGUGUGCUCAUUUCACUUAUUCGUUUCACGAUUAUAAUGUUCCUCCAUUUAAGGAUAUGGGAUUUUUAAUAUAUCACUUGGUUCCUUUACUGCUCAUUUAGUUGCUGCUGUCAGUUUAUUACUUCCGUUGACAAGCAAACUUGAAUUGUGGUCGAUUCAUAAUUUACAUGAGGAAUUAGUAGUUUUAAACCUUCAUAGUUCUGUAAUGUCUUGGAUUAUAUUAUUUUUGUUCGAUUAAGGCAUCAUUCAUUCUUAUGAAUGGCUUCUUGCAUUUCUAAAUGUUUCAACAUUUCAGUGGUAGUUUUCUAUAGGUAUCUUUGGUGUCUAAAGAGAUGAUAAGCCUGAAGAAUAUUCUCCUCAUCACGGGUUCAGUGCAUCUGUCAUUCAAUCGGGAGCUGUUCUCGAGCAUAUGAUUGGAGAGGCUUUACAAUCUCAUCAGCUAAAAUGGUCAGUAAAACAUUUCCAGGGGUCGAGGAACAAUUUUAUUGGGAAAUGUUGUUCUCUUCAAGAGAGUACACCAUCCAAAUGUUUAGCGACUAAGGUAGCAAUCCUGUUCUCCUUAAUACUUUUGGAUAGGCUACAGGUCUUUUUUAUACGAUCACCAUCAACGGAGCUACUCAGCCAUUUUAAUAUAAGAUUUGUGUUGCUGAAGGAGUCAGCAACCAACCAUUCUUACUUUAAGGUAUUAUUCAUUGUUGCCACAAAGAUAUACGGAAAAGCAUUGUGUUUCUUCAGUUCUGGUGCCAGGGUAAAAGAUUUAGAGGUGGAAGUUGAAGCACUGGUGAUACAAGGCCCGAAACUAGAGACAAUUUUGAGCCAAGUGAAGAAGCUUGAGGCAUCUGUUUUGGUGGUGCCCCAGAAAAAGCCUUCUCUGUUUGGAUGCUUCUGUGGGACCAGCAGCUCAGAGCAGCUUGUGGAACAGUGCAUCAGCCAUGCCGAUUGCUUUACAAUUGGAGUUAGAAAACAGAGCAAUGGCAUGGGUGGUUACCUUAUCAACACCAGGUGGCAGAAGAACUUCUGGCUUCUUGCUUAGUUGUCUCUAAUCUUAUCUUAACCCUGUAACUAAAUGCAGAUGACCUUAGAACACUCCAUCAAAGUUGGAAUGAUCCGAACUUCAGAU